AUGUCGCAACACGCCUUAUCCGACCAGCAGGUCGACAAUGAGCUCCGCAAGAUGACCGCCUUCAUCAAGCAGGAAGCCAUGGAAAAGGCCCGCGAGAUCGAAAUCAAGGCCAACGAGGAGUUCGAAAUCGAAAAGUCAAAGCUCGUCCGCCAGGAGACCGACGCCAUCGACACCCAGUACGAGAAAAAGUUCAAGCAAGCCACCAUGUCCCAGCAAAUCACCCGGUCGACCGUCGCCAACAAGACACGGCUCAAGGUGCUCGGCGCCCGGCAGGAGCUGCUCGACAGCAUCUUCGACGAGGCCCGGAAGCAGCUCGCCUCGGGGGUCAGCGACAAGGAUAAGUACCAGAAGACGCUGACCGGGCUCGUGCUGGAGGGCUUCUACGCCAUGAACGAGUCGGAGGUGCAGCUUCAGGCCAAGAAGUCGGACUACGAUGCCGUCAAGAAGGCCGUUGAGGAGGCCGCCAAGGAGUACAAGAAGGAGGUUGGCAAGGAUGUCACUGCCACGAUUGACGAGUCCAAUCCCCUGGAUGAUUCAACUGCCGGCGGCAUCAUCAUCCUCGGCGGAAAGGGAAAGAUUGACAUUGACAACACCCUAGAGGCCCGAUUGCAGCUGCUAGAACACGCUGCGGCACCGGCCGUACGAGAGAACCUAUUUGGAAAGAACCCCAACCGCAAAUACUACGAUUAG